UCAAAAUGUCAUGGAGAUAUACGGUACAAAUAAUCUUUUACGUUGAAAUACUUAUUUGAUUGCAUGUAUGCAUAUUUUUCCAUAUGCGUAAAUAUACAUACAUAUGUACAUUCUCGUUUAUGCAUGAAAUGUGCAUGCAUCACGUUUAGUGAAGUGAAACACAGCCUCAAUAUUCAUUUUGGAAAGGAAAAUAAUUAUAACUUGGUUCUAAUAAUAAUGAAAUAUAUUCAAAUACUCAUAUUCACUAAGAAUAUGCUAUAUAUAAGUUGUAUGUAUGUGCAUAUGUAUAUAAAAUUCUUUACAUUUACUUAACGCAAAUUCAUUGAAGUUGUUAGGAGGCGAACGUCAGUUUUCUUCAUUUGAUUAAGAUGUUUAAACAUACAUAUGUACGAGUACGUGAAAUUGAUGUGUUUUUUGUGAAUUUGUUGUGUUUCUUACUAUCAUUGUUCUUGUUUUUGUGCUGCUGCUCUCACCUUGUAUAUAUUCACCUUACAUACUUAUGUAUGUAAUAUUUAUUAUGUUCAGGUAUAUACUUAGCAACAAUCCGCAAAAUAGCAAUGUUGUGCAAGGCUAAAGUUUAUAGGUAUGGUAAAUAUAAUUACAUACAUACAUUCGUAUGUAUAGUUCCCUAAAUACAUGCUAUGGUAAAUAUAAUAACAUACAUACAUACGUAUGUAUGGUUCCUCAAAUACAUGCGCAGAUAUAACAUUAUCAAUAAUAAAUAUGAAUAGUAGUAAACAAUAGCUGUCGUUUGUCUCUAUUAGUUUGCGUUAGUCAGAACCUUCCCUUUGUUCCAAAUCAACAGCAAAUAACAAAGCUUUUCAUAUGUAUUAUUUUUUAAUUUUUAAUAAAAGAAUUACCGCCUACAAACUAACCAAUUAACAUAUUGAAUGAAUAUUGUUAAUUUAUUAUUAUUUCUAGAUUAAAAGCUUUAACAUUGAUGUGUAUUCCACACAUGGUAAUGUGUAUCCAUUUUUGUGGAUUGCAACUAAAACGUUAAAUAACUGUAAUACAAAGUUUUUUGCAUAACUGCUAAAUAUCACUAGCAAAGUUUCUGCUGGAAAAUCAAACUAACAGAAACUAACAGAAGAAAGCAUAUGUUGAGAGCGUAAAAAGCUGAGAGAACGCUAGUUUCUGCUAGUGAAAUUUCAACUAGCAGAAAAUAGCUACUGCCAUAUGAAGAAACAGCUGUUAAGACACAAGUGUAAACAAGCGAGAUUCGACGUAUUUGCUUUGAUGUUUUUUGUUUUCAUUUUAAUAGUUUUGGAACGUGAAAAUAAAAAUGUUAGCGAUUAAUUUUCAAGUGUUGAUAUGAUGUGAUUACUAAAAACAACAUUUUCUUACUGGCUUGCUUUAUGAGUGGGAGGCAAUUUCAUCGAAGCUAAAUCGAAUUCUCAUAAGUAGAGAUUCUUAUAGUUCCACGCCUUAAAAUGCAUGCCAUAAUAAUAUAUCCCCCCAAUGACAAGUAUAGCACCAAUAUUGGGGAAAGAUACAGUCCGUUGUAUUACCAGCCACAGAGUCGAUUGGAUAAUUCAGACCAAACAACAGGCCGUCAUUUGCAAAGAGUCUUAUAUUAUUCAAUGACACCUUGCAGGAACCUGACAGGGCUACGAAGAACAGAAUGCGCCUUACAUGAUGUUGACUGUGAUGAAGUAUAUCCGGGUAUUUACAUUGGUGAUGUAGCUGCGGCAAAAAACAAAUCAUUUCUACGAAUGAUGGGCAUUACACAUGUGCUCAAUGCGGCUGAGGGUUGCCGCUACGGUCAAGUGGACACUGGACAUAGUUACUAUCGCGAUAUGCCAAGCAUAAGAAGAAACAACAAAGAUACUAUUUUCAGAUAUAUGGGCUUUCCAAUGGUUGACGCACCUACAACAGACAUAUCCCGAUACUUUUAUGUCGCAGCGAAGUUUAUUGACAGCGCCAUCAGCAGUGGAGGGAAAAUACUCGUUCAUUGCUUGGUGGGCAUGUCAAGGUCCGCCACAUGCGUACUUGCUUACCUGAUGAUUUGCCGCAAAAUGACCGCCUCAGACGCGAUACGAAAAGUUCGUAUGCGUCGCGAAAUUCGACCAAAUGAGGGUUUUCUGCAGCAAUUAGCUGAUUUGGAUAUGGAGCUUAAAAGGAACAAAAAUUAUCAAUACUGAGUUUUGAAAACUUAUUGACUACUUUUUUAACAGAAUAUUCGAACGUUUAGUACAACUGGCAAUAGAAUUUAGAAGCACUAAUAAAUGGAUUCUAAAAUACUAAAAACAUACAUACAUAUAUGUAUAAACACAUA